AAAACUCAUAAUAUUCAGAAAAUAAUAAUUUGGAAUUAAUAAAAGUGUAAUUGCAAAAACCUGUUACAGAAAAAAAAAACGUACUUUUUUUCUAUUUUAAUAUUUGUAAACAAUACUGAAAUAUUAAACGAUUGAGAACCUGUGAAUUUGCGUGAUAUCUUGUUUUUCGAUAUAAUUUAGUUUAUAUCGAUACUAAAUGAAGUGAGAGUGGUCGUUCGAUGUUCUUGCAACAGCUGUUAUAACAAAACGAUAACAAUAACAAUAAGGGAGAAAGUUAUCUUUGAUUUCGAAGCCGCAGAAACAGAGCGAUCUGAACCAGCUUUACACAGCGCACUUACAUCGUAAUAAAAGCUUAGGAACAAUUUGCCACGGCAUUCGGCAACCCAAUGGAAGUGACCUUCAAAAAGGCCCGACUGGUGAAAGACAGAAAUGCAGCGAAAGUGGAGGACGAGGAAAGCGACGAUGGCUCCAUCGGACCCGACUCCUUCGGGUGGUGGGCCCUGCCAGAGCCAGCGUUACUUAUGAUCUUCGAGCAGCUGAGUGUGAUAGAUCUGCUGAAGGUCAGUCGCUGCUGUCGGAGGUGGCACAGCAUUGCCAAGGACGACCUACUGUGGCGCCACAAGUUUCAGGAGCACUUUAGGGCCUCUCCGAGCAUUCCGCUUAAGCCGGGAGCCGAGAGCUGGCGAUCGGAGUACAAGCGCCUGUCCAUGCACAUACCCUUCGUCCAAGCGCAGCGACUAGAGCCUACUGUGGAGAACAACCAUGGCCACACACAUCAGGUGCUGCAUGUGAGUUUCGCCCACAACGGCGAAAUGUUUGCCACCUGCUCCAAAGACGGCUAUGUAAUAAUAUGGAACGCCAAGCACCCGUGUUCGGAGAAGUAUGCUCACAACAUGAAGCAGUUCAGCUGGAAGUACUCCCAGUACUCGCAGUUCAAUCAGAGCGAUACCUUGCUCCUCGUCUCCGGUGUCCACUUUGGAUCACCACAGUCCACUUCCGGGGAGAUUGCGGUAUUUUAUCUGGGGGCAACCGAGUCACACUUGCGCUGCCGGGUGGUCAACCGCCCUUAUGAUAUCUUUGGCACUUGGUUCAGUGACCAGUAUCUGAUCUCAGGCGACUUGCACUGGCUGGCUCAUCUAGUGAGCACUUCUGUCCUGUGGCUGAACAAGGCCAACCAGGAGAUCGACUCCGAGCAUGUACCGAUCAUGAGCCAGCUAUACAAGUUCUACAACCGCAACGCCAGUUCGGUACGAGCCAUAAUGGUGGCCAGGUGCCCGUGGCUGGACGAGAACAACGAUCCGCUCGUCAGGCUUGCCGAACAGGAGAGUGAAAGUGCUACGCUCUCCCCACACAAUAGCGAACAGGGCUCUAACUCGCAGGCCAGUGGCAAUCCUCUGUCCCAUGCGGCCAGCCUUCGACGCACAAGGAGCGCCACUCCCGAAGAAAACUUCUUGCCGGACAUCAGCGAGCGGCGUUCCAGAACACGACCCGGAGAUGCCACCAUUCACUAUUUGGAGGAAUACAGGAAAGCAGUGGCCUCCGCUAACGAACCGAGUGAAGACGACGAGGAGGAAUUGAACGCCAUGGAUAUACAAGAGGAAUACGACGAAAUGGAAAACAGCAUGCCAAAAUAUCUAAUUUUUUCAACGGGUUCCAAGACGUUUACACCCCACCAAAUCGGUUUCAAGCGCAUACGAAACGUAUACUUUCCGAAAAAGCUGGAUCCUGGCCCAACUCUGAAGGAAAGAAUAGCUGCGAAACGGGCCGCAGAGCAACAACAGCAGCAGACUCCGCGCACCGAUCCCGAUUGGUGGGACUAUGAGUCAGUCAAGGAUAGGUUCGAUAAGGUGGACAAGGUGAUAGAUCUGCACGGUCACAUCAUUGGCAUGGCCCUUAGCCCUGACCACCGCUACUUGUACGUCAAUACGCGUCCCUGGCCGAAAAACUACGUGAUCACCAAUCCUCUAGAGCCGCCACCCAUCGCCCAAGAGAUCGACAUCCACGUAAUCGACCUCAUGACCCUCAAACGUGUGGGCAACAUGCUGCGGGCUCACAAGGCCUACACGCCUAGCACGGAGUGUUUCUUUAUCUUCCUGGACGUCUGCGAGGAGUACGUCGCCAGUGGGGCGGAAGAUCAGCACGCUUACCUUUGGGACCGAUACUAUGGCAUCAGCCUAGCCAAGUUUAAACACUCAGACGUGGUUAACAGUGUGGCUUUUAAUCCCCACGAUUCGGAGAUGCUAGUAACCACCAGCGACGAUUACACGAUCAAGGUCUGGCGUUCACGGGCAAAGGCAAAGGAGUUUAAAAUUCCCCAUAAUGUGAGCGAAUCUUUUGAGCUGAAGCCGAAGAAGUGAAUCUCGCAUCCGGCUCAAAAUUCCCAAGUGGUUCUUACUGCCCGAAAAUAUCGUCUUUGUUUGUAAAUCUAAGUGCUUGCUGCUAGUUGGUUCCGUGCUGUUAACGUUUAUAAUUAUACAUAUUUAAAUUGGA